AUGUCACUAACGAUCUGGACCCGAACAGGACCCUUGAAGGUCCAACUCCACUACGACGCCCACGAUGCCUCCCAACGCAAGCAUGGCGAGAACUUCCUCGUCCAUUGCGCAAUGGGCACCUACUCAGGAGUGAGAAUCUUGCGGUAUAUCCCCAACUUUAUCCUCCAAACAGGCGACAGUUCCAACACAGGAAAACAGUCCAGUCCUGCCAACCCCAGCCAUGUCUACACUGCCAUUGAAGUGAAGUCCCAGGCGGCCCCGCUGGCGAAACGAGGCUCUAUCUAUGCCGUGAAUAACCCAGCUACUGAGGACGGAUUGGGGUCGCAGUUUUUUUUCGUACUUUCAGAGGCCCAUAGCCUGCUGAUCACACAAGACAACUACACUUAUUUGGGGGAGGUGAUUGACGGGCUCGACACACUCUCCAAGAUCGAGCACGACGAACAAUUGAGUGCGGGAAAGAACGGCAAGGUCAAGGGCUACUGGAAGAGCGAGGCGUGGAUCGACGAUGUCACAGUCCACUACAACCCGUUUGCAGUCGCCUGA